CUCACGUCCAGUGUCUGACUGAGCGAGCGCGACGUGUGCGGCGGUAAUGGCUGCCAGGGAGAGUGAGGAAGACAACAAAUGAAACCCUGAGAAAAAACGACUGAAAGCGAGGACUAGGAUGGUCAGCAGCCAGCCGAAGUACGAGCUGAUCCAGGAGGUGGGGCGCGGCAGUUACGGCGUGGUCUAUGAGGCGGUGGUGAAGCGCACUGGCGCCCGGGUGGCGGUGAAGAAGAUCCGCUGCCACUCACCGGAGAACGUGGAGCUCGCCCUGCGCGAGUUCUGGGCCCUGAGCAGCAUCCAAAGCCAGCACCCGAAUGUCAUCCACCUGGAGGAGUGCAUCCUGCAGCGGGACCAGCUGGCCCAGAGGAUGAACCACGGCUCCAGCUCCCCGCUCUACCUGGAGUUGGUGGAGACGUCUCUGAAAGGAGAGAUCACGUUCGACCCGUGCUGUGCCUACUACCUGUGGUUCGUCACGGACUUCUGCGACGGUGGCGACAUGAACGCCUACCUGCUGUCACGCAAGCCCAGUCGCAAGACCAACACUAGCUUCAUGCUGCAGCUGGGGAGCGCCCUGGCCUUCCUGCACCGCAACCAGAUCAUACACCGCGACCUCAAACCGGACAACAUCCUCAUCUCGCAGGCCUGCACGCCAGCCGGCUCGUCCGAACCCACCCUCAAGGUGGCCGACUUCGGCCUGAGCAAGGUGUGCUCCACCUCAGGGCUCAACCCCGAAGAACCGGCCAGUGUCAACAAGUGCUUCCUGUCCACGGCCUGCGGAACAGACUUCUACAUGGCCCCAGAGGUGUGGGAGGGUCACUACACGGCCAAGGCGGAUAUCUUUGCCCUCGGGGUGAUUAUCUGGGCCAUGGUGGAGCGCAUCACCUUUGUGGAUGUGGAGACUCAGAAGGAGCUGCUGGGGAGCUAUGUGCAGCAGGGCUCCGAGAUUGUACCCUUAGGGGAGGCCCUGUUAGAGAACCCAAAGAUGGAGCUGCUGAUCCCCGCCAGGAAAAAGAGCAUGAACAGCCACAUGAAGCAGCUGAUCAGGGAGAUGCUGUCGGCUAACCCUCAGGAACGGCCCGACGCCUUUGAACUAGAGCUCAGACUGGUCCGUAUCGCCUGCAGAGAGCUGGACUGGGACACGUGAUGGACGAGCAAACGGCACCACAGACUCAGCCGAUCAAGCACAUGUACACAUCUCAUCAGCUACUGUUAUCCUAGAUGGUCACGCAAAUUGGGGAUUAUUGUUUAUAACUAGGGAACAAUAGUUAUUAUUUUUGUUUCAUGGCUUAAACAUCAUCUACUUUUUCCAAGCACAUACAGUCCUACACUAGCUGUGUCUUUAUAUUGAGGGGAGAGAGGUGACACUCAUCGCUGCUGCUGCUCCAAACCGCAGCUUAGUCUCAGGCUAAUCACAUCACAGCUUCCACUUCCUCCUUACAGAAUAACUCGAGCGUGAUAGAAGAGCAAAAAAAAGAAACCUGAAAUCCUGAAUUCAGUGAGAUCUGAAAACCAAAGUGAUAGUUAAAUAGUUUGUCUACAAAUGCCAUCUCUGACUCGGUGCUAACAAAUGCAAUAUCAAGACAUCAUCCUGUGAUUUUUUUGCAGUGUACAUUUAUCCAAAGGGCCAAUAUUAAAAAACACACUCACCUCCAUGUGUGGAAUGUUUUGAAGCCAUUUUUGGCUUCGUCAGAACUUAAAAAGACUUAAAAAUCAGCAUAUUUGAAAUUUAUACAUAAUAUUUGAUUCUGUUUCGGCAUCAAAUGAUACGCUCUGAACGCUCAGGUAAUAAAAAUAUACAGCCUGAUGGUAUUUGUAGACAGACAUCCACUAUAAAGGUCAGUUUUGCUCAAUAUUCUUGGAGGAGAAAAAUACCAAACUUUGGUGCUUAAAGAUAACUCUUUCUUUCUUUCUUUCUCUCUCUGAAGGCUGC